CCUUGUGUUAAACACGCACGAUGUUCGUCACAAUUCAGCAUAUAAGAAAGGACGCUAACCAAAAUAGUUAAAUGUCAAAAUGCACGUUGAGGCGCGUAUGUUUAUCGUCAAGAAGAAACGAAGAAUUAGUAUUCCUAAAAAUUUAAGUAUCGUUCACUGUUGGAAUACUAUUGGACCGAUUAUUGCUCGAGAAAUCGGGGGACACGAUUACAUUCCGAUUCCGUAUUGCUUUGACACAAACGCAUAUAAAAUUGGCCAUAUCUUUGUGCCAAUCACCAUCCAAAAAAAAUGUUUCCGCCACACGCCAGUUUUAAAAAUACUCGGACCGAUUCACAAUUUUGCGGUGAAAAGCGAGACAAAUGCCAAAUGGCUCGAUAAAGAAUUUCAUAGUAUGCGAACGUCCGACGAACAAACGAAUUUUCGAGUAACUGUCGAGCAUGGAAAGCAAUUACUGUCGAGUAAUGGAAUUGUCGAGUGUGGAAAAAAUCAACUAAGUUUUACAGGUCGUGAUUAUUAUUUUCUCAGUAAAGCGCACGAUAUGCUGGUCGAAGGGAACGUAAUGAUAAAUCGCACAGCUCACGAAAAUUUAAUGAAUGCUAAGUGGAUCGGACUGAUAACACAUGUAGUUGUUACGAGUGUUUUCGAGUUUCAUAUUGUUAAAGAUCUACGUGAAAGAGUUCUGUAUAUAAGCGAUAAUGAACAUACGAUUCUUUUUAAAUACGAAAUAUGCGAAAUCGAUCCGCGUGGAACCGUAAUAAAAUCUGAAACGAAGAAAAUACACUGCAAAUGGUUGCCAGUAGGGGACAAAAUAUCAGACAGUCUUCCAUUAACUGAAUUCUCAAACUGAAUGUUAGCUCCGAUAACAUGUGAUAAUUACUUUUGUUUAAGAAACUGAAAAGAUAUAUUUAUCCAAGUUUCUUAUAAUUUUUUAGCAUUGACUAUAUAUGUCAUUUUUCAUGUACUUAUAUAUAUUUCUAUCCGAUUA